AUGAAACGUCCUGUCUGCGCAUUUUGCCAAACAAACAACCGUACUGGAGCGCACUCGUCCACGAUGGAUGUCGUAGGGCGCAACGGACCCGUCAGGGUGUCGCUGAAAUUCGUCCCGCUGGUGUGUGUCGUUUUGUUGUGCGUGUCGUUCCGUGCGCGAGCCGUUGCGGCACAUCCCCGUGACCAUAGGGCAGCGAGUGUACAGCGUUCGGUGGAGGACACCGAAAUUGGACAGUUUCUGAGCAAUCUUGUCGAGACGAACCGGGAUGGGGAUGAUUACAGCUUCGAGGAGGAAGAGUCUCCGGGUGGGUUGGGUAAUGGAAGUGUACAAUCACCCACCGGGACACGAACUGUGCACAAACGGAGCCUGAGUAACCUUGAGAUUCAAACGAUCAAUUACGAUACAAACUACACGGUGUACAAUAUAGGUGUGCUGAUGGCUUCACAUCUCGAUUCUCCGUUUGAUCUGGAACGUUGUGGGCCGGCUAUCGAUUUGGCGCUGGAUCUGGUGAACCAAAGUCUCAUGAAAAUGCACAACGUUUGGCUGAGCAAGGUACAAAGAAGUUACGCUACCUGUUCCGGAUCCAAAUCACCCGGGCUCGCGGCCGAUUUGCACUUCAAGCAUAGCGUGAUCGCCUUCAUCGGACCGGCAUGCGCGUUCGCUCUCGAACCCGUGGCACAGCUAGCCGACUACUGGAACACACCCAUCAUCACCGGCAUGGGCGAUCAGCCACCGUCCGAAGGUGAACUCUCGGUGACAUCCGGCAUCCUGGGCCGAUUGAGCAACAGGUGGAAAAACGAUAGCUCGGGCAUGUUUAAGGAUAAGUCUCGCUACCAAACGCUUACCCGCAUGUCGUACUGCCAGUGCCGGUUGAAGCUGGUGUUUUCGAGCAUCUUUCGUCAGUUCGGUUGGCGCCAUAUCGCACUCAUCAUCGACCGCUCGGAUCUGUUUUCACUGACGGUGGGCAAGAAUCUGGAGUAUGGGCUGAAGGACGAGGAGCUGCUAAAGUUUGUGCGGGAGCUGGACGGCAACGAUGAGGAGGAUAUCGAUGCCUACCUGAAGGAUGCGAGCAUGUACGCUCGAGUAAUAAUACUCUCCGUGCGAGGCUCCCUGGUACGGAAAUUUAUGCUCUCAGCCCUAGCCCUCGGUAUGACGCGGGGCGAAUUCACAUUUCUGGACGUGGAAAUCUUCCAAAGCUCCUACUGGGGCGACCAUUACUGGGAGCUAGGCGAUGAGGACGACUUUAAGGCGCGCAAGUCGUACGAAGCACUGCUGCGAGUGUCACUGCUCCAACCGACCAGCCCGACCUACCAAUACUUUGCCGAGAAGGUGCGCUACCGGGCGAAACGCGACUACAACUACACGUUCGUGGAGGAUGAAGAGGUUAACUUCUUCAUCGGAGCGUUCUUUGACGGCGUGUACCUGCUCGGGAUGGCACUGAACGAUACGCUGAACGAGGGCGGUGACAUACGCGACGGUACCGCCAUUACCCGGAAGAUGUGGGGCCGUGACUUUGAAGGCAUUACCGGACACGUGCGGAUUGAUGACAACGGUGAUCGUGAUGCGGACUAUUCCAUCCUCGACCUGGAUCCAAUUACCGGCCGCUUCGAGGUGGUGGCCCACUACUACGGUAUCACACGCGAAUACUCACCCGUCAAGGGCAAGAAGAUUCAUUGGCCAGGAGGUCGGGAAGGUCCUCCACCGGAUGUGCCCAAGUGUGGAUUCCUCGGUACAUCGCCCGCCUGUCAGGGCAAUGGUGACAUGAUUAUCCUUUAUGGACUCGUUGGAUUCGGCAUAAUCUCUGCCUUUGCCGCAGCGGUCACGUAUAUACUGUGCAAACAAAUGAAACUUAAUAGCGAGCUCAACAACAUGUCCUGGCGUGUCCGACCCGACGAAGUGCUGCUCGAGGUGGGCAAAAUGUUUGGCAGCAAAAUGGGCCUGCAAAAGCUCAACUACGAGAACUUCUCACUACAACAGUUUGGCCUAAACUCUGGUCGCGUCUCGAUAGCGUCCGGAAACUCGCAACUACCAGCCCAGCUCUUUACCACCAUCGGCAUCUACAAGGGUGAACGAGUCGCGAUUAAAAAAGUCGCCAAAAAGAAGGUCUACAUCACCUCCACACUGCUCUGGGAGAUCAAACAAGCUCGAGACGUUAGCCACGAAAACACGGUACGCUUUGUGGGUGCGUGCAUCGAUUUGCCCCGGCCAACCAUCCUCAUCCUUACCGAGUACUGUCCCAAGGGGAGCCUAAAGGAUGUGCUCGAAAAUGAAGCGAUCCAGCUCGAUUGGAACUUUCGCAUGUCGCUCAUCCACGACGUAGUGAAAGGAAUGGCCUACCUGCACAACAGCGACGUUGGUGUGCAUGGAAAGCUUCGCUCCUGCAACUGUCUCAUCGAUGGACGGUUCGUGCUGAAAAUAUCCGACUUUGGACUGCGCACGCUAACGACACCGUCGGAGUACGUGCGCGACCAGAACUACUACAACAUGCUAAACUUUACAGAGCUGCUGUGGGUAGCACCGGAACUGUUGCCCGCCACCGUCAUCCCGGGCACGCCGGCCACCCAGAAAGGGGACGUUUACUCGUUCGCGAUCAUUCUGGAGGAGAUUGUGGUGCGUGGCGGACCGUACGAAACGGCACGCCAGUUUCUGGACCCGCAGGCCAUUGUGGAGCGGGUGGCACUGCACGAGAGUCCACCGUUUCGGCCAUUUGUGGGGCAGCGCGAUUGUCCGCCGGAUUUGUUGGAUCUGAUGGAGAAGUGCUGGUCGGACAGUCCGGACGAUCGGCCAACGUUCUCGGGGAUACGGAGCACCGUGCGGCUGAUCAUGAAAGGAUUCUGCGAAAAUCUCAUGGACGAUCUUCUCCGUCGCAUGGAACAGUACGCCAACAACUUGGAAAGCUUGGUGGAAGAAAAAACCGAACAACUCAGCAUGGAAAAGCGUCGCACGGAGGAGCUACUCUACCAGGUCCUUCCGCGUCCCGUAGCCCAACAGCUGCUGGCAGGGGAGAUGGUACAGCCGGAACAGUUUGAAUGUGUUACGAUUUACUUCAGUGACAUCGUUGGCUUUACCGCCCUCUGCGCUCAAAGCCGUCCGAUGGAAGUGGUGGACUUUCUGAACGAUCUCUACAGCACAUUCGAUCGCAUCAUCGGGUUUUACGACGUGUACAAGGUGGAAACUAUUGGAGAUGCGUACAUGGUGGUGUCCGGUUUGCCAGAGCGAAACGGACACGAUCAUGCGCGCGAAAUUGGACUGAUGGCAUUGGCAAUUCUGGAUGCGGUCAAGUCCUUUACCAUCAAGCAUAAGCCAGACUACCAGCUAAAGAUUCGCAUCGGCAUUCACUCGGGACCGGUGUGUGCUGGGGUAGUGGGACAAAAGAUGCCACACUACUGUCUGUUUGGGGACACUGUCAAUACGGCUUCGAGGAUGGAAUCAACCGGACAUCCACUUAAAAUUCACGUCUCAGAAGCAGCCAAGCAAAUUUUGGACAAAUUCGGAACCUUUCGAACAGAGCUGCGCGGUGAUGUCGAGCUGAAGGGUAAAGGCAUCGUGACGACCUACUGGUUGCUGGAAUGCUCCGAACCCGAUCCAAGACCUCCAACCCCGAUGAGAAACUAUAACGAGAACGAAGUACCGUUCCCGAUACUGUUCCCAGCGAUCGGAAAGUAAGCUGGUUGCUGUCCCAUACAUGUACUGCAGUGCUCUUGUAACAGUGUCAAUGUUAGCCAAAUCAGUGUCUUUCGCUUCGUAAUCGUAUCAACCCGAGGAUGUCCGU